AUUCCCAACUUGUCCAGUCAAAGCUCGAAGCUUUGCACCAUCGCCCCCAACAAACAGCCUUCUUGUGCCUUUCUUUUUCUCCUUUUUCCUUUCCGAGGACUGAGGGCCUCCUGCCUUUUCCUCCGGAAAACACCAAUGUCCUGAAACACCAAAGAACCCCAAGAGAUGGACCCAGUGCAACUGGCUCAGAGGAAGACUCCUCACACUCUGCCUCUGCUCCAGCGUGGGGUCCCUCCCAUGGGAGACAGUCCUCCACCAACUUCUCCAAAAGGCGCUACCACCACCACCACCCAUCGCUGAUGGGCUUGGCCUUGCACAGCAGUGGGUCCGUCUUGGAGCCAACUGCCAUCGGCUCUCUCAGACACAGGGGAAGCUUCUAGGACCUUCUUGCAGAAGCCACCCAGGUAGCCCCCCGCUAACAAAAACCAUGCCAUGCAAACCUGGGACAUCACCCCACAGGCAGGAAUUCGGAAACGGAAACUGAGCAGCCUGGUGACUCCUGUAACUCGUGCCCGUCUGCUCCGGACGCACAUGUGGCUCCCUGCGAGCCCCGGGGGCCUCCUGAGUUAUUUGGUGACUCUGCACGUCCUGCGGCUGGGAUCAGCUGACUUCAGAGUGGUGGGACCAGGCCACACUCUCCAGGCGACUGUGGGGCAGGACGUCGUGCUGCCAUGUCACUUGUCCCCCAGCGUGGAGGCUCGGAGCUUGGACAUCAGGUGGAUCCGGCAUCCAUUCUCUGAAACGGUGCACCACUACCGAAAUGGAGAGGACCUUUAUAGGGAGCAGAUGGAGGAAUAUGUUGGGAGGACAGAGUUGGUCAGGGAUGGUCUCUCCCGUGGACGCCUGGACUUGCGAAUCUCUGCGUUGAGACCCUCUGACGAUGGUCAGUACGUCUGCACUGUGACAGAUGGUGACUCUUAUGGAGAAGCUACGGUGGAUCUGGAAGUGGAAGCCACAGGCUCUGUCCCUCAGCUCUCCCUGGAGGCUUACGAGGACGGAGGCAUCCAGGUGGUGUGUCGAUGGGCCGGCUGGUACCCACUACCGGAGGUGCUGUGGAGAGAUCCCGAUGGGCAGCAUCUCCCCUCGGUCUCCCAGAGACAUUCCUCGGAUGAGAGGGGCCUCUUUGACGUCGAAGGCAUCAUCAUUGUGACCAAUGGGAACAGACGUGGGAAAUGGUCCUGUGUGGUCAGAAGCAUCCGCCUCAACCAGGAGCAGGAGACGUCCCUGCACAUCUCAGCUCCCUUUUUCCACAAUGCCCGUCCCUGGAUGGUUGGUGUGCAGGUGCUCCUUGUGCUUUCAGCUGUGUUCCUUGGCCUCGGUGCUUAUCUGUGGAGAAGGAAAGUGCUGCAGUCCCGAGAGCUGGGUGAGUCCUUGUGGCCCCUUCCCCCAGCAAAACCUGCUGGCAAAGGAGCCCCCCUGGGAGGGACGUGGGUUUGGAUGGCUCCUGAAGUUACGGCUGAACUCCAGAGUGCCUGGGUGGGCUGAUGGGGGGAUGGGCUGGCAGGGAGCCAUUCCCUGGGGUUUGGGGGUUUUUUUGCACUUCCCAAAGUGCAACUCUGUCUAGUGCUGUGGAGGCAGCCAUGGGAUGAGCAGCUGUCUCCUCUGGAGAUUUAAUCCUUUUGCUCUUGCUUUACAGAGGAACGAGAUGCAGCACUGGGUGAGUGUCUGUGAGCUCCAUCACAGCGUGGGGUGCUGUCCCAGGUGCUUUGCGUUCGCCCUUUCCCUCCUUGCCCGUCAUCUCCAUCCCUGCAUCCCCCAGCUCUGGGAAAGCCCAAGGC